CACCGGCGGCGGCGGCGGCGGCGAUGACUGAGCCAUCGGCUGCGCCUGCACCGGCGCCUGCGGCGGAGGCAGCGGCUGUGUCGAAGCCAGUCCCGAAGACGAAGUUCAGCAAGCGCGCGUCGAGGGGGCUCAAGGCUGCCUCCGCCUACAUGUCGUUCGACGAUGUGGAUGUCGAAGACGAUGACUCCGACGGCGAGCUGUUCGUGGAGGACUCGCGCGACAACGACAAGCGCGCCUCGGGCGCCGCCCGCUCCCCCGUAAGCUUUGCUGCGCAGGCCGCCUCCUCCAAGUCUGCCUCCGCCUACACCGUCAACGCGCCGUCGGUGUACCGGGCGCCGAGCCUCGCACCUCCAGCGGCAGCCGCCCCCGCGGCCCCGGCCUCGAGCGACGCUCCGACUGGGGGCCCAGAAGACCAAGAUGGGUACAGCGCUGCGGCGGCGGGCAGAGGCGGGAGCGACGGAAGUUCCGGGGUCCCGGUGGCGGCGGUUUCGGCGAAGGAGAACAUGUCGAGCCACCGGGCAAUCGCGGGAGAUUCGUCCGCGGAGAUAUGGUCGAGCGGGAGCGGGCUGAGGGGGGGGCUGGCGGGGGGCCUGCGGCUGGGAGGGGAGCAGCGCGUGACGUCUAUCCCGAGAGACGGGAGCAUGCUGGAGUCUGCGAGGCCGCAUGGACAGUCGGAGUCUUUCCACGGAUACAAGGGAUACCCUGGAUACGAGCCUGACACGCCGGUAGCUCAGCAAUUGACUCAGCCGGGACGUGCCCACGCGACGGACGCGCUCACCAUCAACCCGGGAGCGGACGUGUCGGAUCCCCGUACAACACACGCCGGGGCGGCUGGCCCGACCCCUUCCAGCGUCCGCUUCACUCCGCGGGAGAUGGAGGUGUCGUCGGGGAUAGGGUCGAGUAUGACCCCGGUAGAGCGAGAGGAGCAGCAGCAUUACCAGCGGCAGCAGUAUCAGCAGCAGCAGGCGUCGGGCAUGGACAUCGACGGCCGCGAUGAAUACGUCGAGGAGCAGCAACAGCAACAGCACCAGAGCCGACAGCAGCGGCGACAGCACCGACAGCACCAGCAGCCGGUCAUCUCCCCUUCCGGCACGACCAGCAUGGAGAUGGCCACAGGCCUGCGGCCUCCGGAGCCAAGGGGCCGUGCGGCUGAGGUGGAGCAAUACGACGUCGACGUGGGAAAUGGCCGCCACUCCAACACCAACACCGGGCUCUCUUCGCGUGGUGGCACGGGGGGCGUGCCCAUGUCCUCCACGGGCGGGGGCGGAGGGAUGCAGUAUGGUUCGGAGGCGGGAGGAGAGAACAACAGCAGCUACGGCGGUGGCGGCGGCCAUGUCGUCCCGUCUCCGUCUCACUCACAGACAAACUCGAUGUCGUCGAGCUAUCGGAACAUCCAACAGUUGCGGUCGGAAGACGGUAUGGGAUCGGUGCUGGGCACUCUGGUGGGCACGGAGGACUCGAGCAAUGAGGAUCUGCAGUGGAAACGAAGCGCGCUCAAGAAGUUCCACAAGGUGAUGGUCAAGGGGGAAGGGCUUCGUGUGGUGAAGCACAACCGCUCGGGAGGGUCCCAGAUGCGCAUCAUCCGGUACGACCCGGAGAUAAAGGCCUUGGUCUGGAACAGCAAGCGGUAUAUGAAGAAAGCUGGAUCGGCAAACGUUCCUAUCGUGGGCAUCAAGCGCGUGGGUCGAGAGGGGAACACGGUGUCCGUUACUGCGGCAGGCCGUGGAACCAUUGGCUUCGAACCGCAGCGCAUCCGAGAUGCCAAGAUUUUGGCUGAGGCGUUGCGUGCGCUAGUAGACAAGGAAGAAAGGUCGGCGAUGUGGAGGGGCUAGACGGCUUAGUACGCCUUGGCCAGCGGCCCGAUCGACUUGUAGCGAUCGAAUCUGACAGGAGGGGUCGUACAUCAUGCCCCCCCCCCCUCAAUGGUGGAAAUCUGAUUUCUAUUGGGUGAGACAGAAACGGGAGGUGUCCCAUCAUGGAGGUUGUUUCUGUGUAGAGCCUCGCCGCUUCGCCGCUUGCGUCUUGCCAUGACUUGUGCGUGGGUUUAGUUAUGGUUUAUAUUUGUCGGGGAAAGAGGAGGAAGGUAUUCACGAAUAUACAGGAUCGUGUCGCUUAGCUCUGCGGCGAUCAGUUAUCCCUCCACAGGAGUAGUCGUAGAAAAGAAGAAAAGAACAAUCGGUGAUCGCCCAAGUGUCCGCAUGACGGCUUGGAUGUAUUUCUUGUGUUCCGGGGCUGACUUCAACCAGAUGGGCGCAGUCCACCAGCGAUGGGGAAGAGGAGAAAGGAGUGGCAAUGGCCUCUCUCAGCUGCAGAGACUUCGUAUUAGUCGCUUUUGUCAAAAUUCUGUUGUGGGCAAUUCUCAGUUUUUCUUGGUAGAUAUCGUAGAUCUUGCUUGCUCCCUCGACUGUUUGUCCGGAAUUUCUUUUUUACCUCAAUUUCGUCGGGCCUGCGCAGCCCGCCUGCAUUCCUUGAGAACCCCAACUGGCUCGGCUAGGCGUUGUUGGUUCUUUCGAACGGGAGAGUGUUUUGUGUUUUCUCGGCGGCUUGGAGUCUCUCUCUUCCUCUAUUGUCAAAGAGAAGUGUCAUAAAUUCGGUAUUAUUCGUACGGAAUCUGCUUUCUUUCGUAACCGGCUGCCGGCCGGCAGCUUGCGCUGAUUGGUCACGUGAGAACGGUGUCUAGUAUUUUGUAUUCUGCACGUUGUAGCUGCUUUGGACGCAUGACGUUGUGCGUGUGAUGAUCGAUGACAGUUGAGCUCCAGCGGUUGGUGCAGCGUCCGCGGCUAGAGACGCCCGGAGGGACACAGACAGGCAGGGUUACGGUUACGAAAAAUUCUGCUGUUUUGUCCAGGGAUUAGUUAUUGGUAGCUUGCUGUCCGUGUUGUACCCUCCUCGUAUGAGUCGAUUCGGUUUUAGUGUCUCAUUCUCGUGCGAAAUAUAGACCGACCGUCCGCGGCGCCCUGCCCUGCCGUGACACGAAAGAGCCUAGUUUAAGCUCUUGAAACCGUCGCCGCACAACCUGCAGGAGGUACUAGUAGGUGUCACGAUGUACUUCGAUAGUUACGGAUUUGAUAGUUGUCGCUCGAUCUCUCUCUUGAGAUCUUCCAUGUGUUUUUUCUUUGUUUUGUAUCUCCGGCAUCAAUCCAUCCAUCCAUCCAUCCAUCUGCCUCAGCGGCUUGGCCAUUUUUUCCUUUUUGUAGGCACGCAGGGGGACGGUUGGGUUGAGUACGAACUGCCCAGGUCGUUUGAUCGCGUGUCCGCAGAGUCGUAGGGGGAGUUGAGAAAAAGAGGGUACCACGCGGAUGGGGGGCUGGGAAGAGGGGGGGGGGGGGCACCACUCGGAGAAAAGUUUGCGUUGAGUGAAAGCUGCUGUUGAGUGUGAUUGUAUUUGUCGGACCUCUGAAGAGGUGGCUGGUGUGCGCUUGCCGGGCACCGGCUCCGUUGUUGGUCUGAUCCUGUUGAGGUUGCCUUGGUUUCGCCGCGUUUUCUCUUCGGCCUUUUGACUUUGACCCAUGUCUCCCCCAUCCGAAAGCGACACGGGCAGGCGGCCGGCCAUGUGGGUCGUUGUUCAGCUUUCUUUCGGUCAGCGGUUCGUUUUAUUGUUGUCGCGGCGGCGUGCGGUUUUUUCCUGUUGUUUGGUUGGCGGCGGCAUCAAGUCAAGUCAUGCCAGGCCAUUUCCGCCGCUGGCGCUUAGCUCCCUUGUCACAGAAUAUGAUGCACACACGGUCAGCAUAAGAAAACGUGAUCCUCAGCGGCGGCAUUCAACUCGCGAUGAUGGUGAAUGAAUAUGCAAGAUUUUUGUGUGUUGCGUACUUAUCUACCUGCCUGUGAUGGGUCUCGGUUCCUUGUAGGGAGUGGAUGGAGUCUCUGCAAGCAGGAUAUGGACGGCGCGAUAGCAAAUAAUCGAAGCAACGGUUGGUGCGUCCCAUCCAUGUGCCAUGUGCGUAAAAUUUUCGUGCGAUACAGCAGUCUGGGCGCAAUUCCAUCUCUGGUACGUCUCCCGGCAAUGUUCGAUGCGCCAGCCGGGCUUACACAGACAAGAAAACCAAGGAC